AGCCACCUCACCCCCACUUGCACUGAUUGCAUGUGAGGUGGUUGCAUUAAACAAACUGAGCUCCUAUUUAAGUAGCAGCUACUUUUCUUGGUUAACCCAUCAAAUUAUUGGAAUUCAUCCCAAUUCCAUUUCCUCAAUUUUAUUUCUUCUUUUGCUACUUGCAUCUACAAAGGAAAUGGCCAAAUGUGGCAUUCUUGCAUUGGGUUUCAUAAUUGGUUUCUUUAGCCUUUUCUUCAAUGCAACUGCUUUCAAAGCUUCUGGAUGGAUGAGAGCUCAUGCCACCUUUUAUGGUGGGGCUGAUGCUUCUGGCACAAUGGGGGGUGCUUGUGGAUACGGCAACUUAUAUACAACAGGGUAUGGAACUAGAAGUGCAGCAUUGAGCACUGCCCUGUUCAACAGUGGAGGAUCUUGUGGGCAAUGCUACAAGAUCAUCUGUGACUACAAAGCAGAACCGCGCUGGUGCAAGAAGGGAGUAUCUGUUACCAUCACUGCCACAAACUUUUGCCCACCAAAUUAUGCCCUUCCUAGCGACAACGGAGGCUGGUGUAACCCCCCUCGUCAACAUUUUGAUAUGGCUCAACCUGCUUGGGAAAAGAUUGCCAUUUACAGAGGUGGCAUUGUCCCUGUAAUCUAUCAAAGGGUUCCUUGCAAGAAGCAUGGUGGAGUUAGAUUCACAAUCAAUGGAAGGGAUUAUUUUGAGCUAGUCUUGGUAAGCAAUGUAGGAGGGGCUGGAUCUGUUCGAUCUGUUCAAAUCAAAGGCUCAAGAACAAACUGGAUGACGAUGUCUAACAACUGGGGAGCCAAUUUUCAAUCCACUGCUUAUCUCAAUGGACAAUCCCUGUCCUUCAGGGUCACUGCAACAGAUGGUGUCACAAAAACAUUCCUAGACAUCGUUCCAGCCAAUUGGCGAUUUGGGCAGACAUUCUCAAGCCCCACUCAGUUCUCGUAAAGAAAAAGCUCAAGGAAGAGGAUUUUAGAGUUCUUUUGUUCAUAGGCAGUGGUGUGCUUAGAUAUUUUACCAGAAGCAGCCAUGCCCUCUUUUCUGUUUUUCUUUUUUGUUUUUUGCUUUAACAUAAGAAGAAAUGAUGGAAAUGUAUACUUCCAAUUAUUAACAUACCCUUGUCCACAGAAGAUUAAUGAUACUGUUUCUCUUUUUGUAGGUCUUUCAUUUUAUGCAUGGUUUUCUUUAUUUGUCUGGUGUAAAACAAAUUGUGCCAUUUUUACUUGCCCCUCAAAUUGAAUCUCAGACAACGAAAAUAUGGAAGGAAAUCAAAUCAAAAUGAAGCAAUUUGUGCUACUCAGCAAUGCACCAAAAUUAAAAUAGCGGACAAUAGUCUAAAGAGACAUACACUGAAGAACCUAUAAUUUGUGUUAAACUAAAGAUAAUUACCAUGGUAUGAUUUAAUGGGCGAUAUUGGCAAAAGAAAGAGUCUGCAUAGUUGGUGAUAUCUUUAAUGCAACAACACCAGAUAUUGGACAAGUUGGUGGAUGUUCUUUGUUAACAGUUACCUGAUAACAUAAAACUUAAUAUUUCUACUCAAGCAAGCAAGAACAAUGGAGUAGGAAUCAAACAUUGACAAAAUAACAGAGUCGACAAUAAAUUCAGGAAAUCACAUAUAAUCAGUUCUGAGAUUCGAAAUCAAUUUAACCGUUCCUACUCCAACCACAUUAUUACCAACUGAAAGACUCACAGUCUCAAAACUUUUAAAAUAAAAAAAGGUCCCGACAAUUCUUGAAUCCUAAAUGGUCAUCAACAACGAGCUUCAAUGUCUGUAAGUUGAUUUCAGGUCAAAGCAAACAAGGAAAUACAAUUGACAAAAUAACAUAGCAGACAUAAAUUCAAGAAAUGGCAUAUAAUCAGUACAUAUUAAUCCUAAAUUCCGAAAUUCAAAAUCAAUUCCUGCUUAACCACAUUGCCAGUUGAAAACACUCAGACUCCAAAUUCUUAAAAUAAAAGAAGCAUCGGAUACUUCUUGAAUUAGCAUAAAUGGCCAGCAACAACGAGCUUAAAUUUUUGUGACUUGAAUUUAGGGUUUCGGCGAGAACUACAAACAUGGACCUAUUUUCAAGUCAAAGCAAACAAGGAAGUCAUAAUUGAAGCCUAAAUCGUUCAACUCUAUGGUCUCAAUAGCCAAUUUGAGAUUCUAAGCUCAUAAAUCCAAUUAAAAAUGCUGAAAAUGCAUCUAAAUUAAAACAUCAAACAAAAUGCGCAGCAAGAUGCAAUCAAAUUUCAUUAGCAAGACAUAGAGAACGCAAAUCUACACCUUACUUAAGCAUAGAAAAAGCAGAAGAAGGAAAACCAGACUGCUACUGCAGGAAUUAGUUAAGCGGGGAAGGCAAAAACAGGCAAUUAAAAAUUUAUCAAAGGAAUUUUCUUUUUUUCCUGGGAGUGGGUGGUUUGGGCGG